CUCCCACACUUUCCAGUCCUGCCUUUCAAGCAAUGGCUGUCUGGGCAGGAGGUGGGGGGGGGUGUACCAUCAGCCCUCCCUCUACCCCCCCCACCCUUUAAGGAGAUGGUUUGGUCCCAGCGUUAAUUGCUUUGUGGAAUCCUUCAAGGUAGAUCGAUCCAUGGGAUUCAAUUUCAUCUUAGCCAAGGUGUGCCAAACGUCUUAGGAAGUCAGGGGUGGGUGGGAAAAGAGCCCCUUUCUGGUCAUCCACCUUGGAAGAGGGUUCUGCAGGGGUUGCUGCAGUGCCCCCCCCCCACUCCUUCCCUCCCUCCCAGCCCAGGUGACUCUUCCCCAGAUCAUCUCAGCACUCCAGCCCGAACGGUCUGACUUGGCUCCCAUCUUCACUUUUCGGCAGGAAAAUCUCUCCAAAGCAGGUUUCCUCAUGAAGGGCGAAACUCCCGUCAACAGCACAAUGAGCAUCGGCCAAGCUCGCAAAAUGGUGGAACAGCUGAAGAUUGAGGCCAGCAUGUGCCGAAUAAAGGUGUCCAAAGCGGCUGCCGAUUUGAUGACCUACUGCGAUGCCCACGCCUGCGAGGACCCCCUCAUUAGCCCUGUGCCCACCUCGGAAAACCCCUUCCGGGAAAAGAAAUUCUUCUGCGCCCUGCUUUGAACUAUUUUUGCUCCCAUCCACUUGCCCCUCAUCCCCGACGCCAAGUCGUGUCCCUUUCCUUCACCCCCUCACCCCUCUUAUACUCAUCCAUCUGUAUGGAGUUGGGUUAUUGCAGGACGCUUGGCCUCCAAGCUCCUAUUCACUGGGGGUAGAGAAGGGGGGGGGGAGGUUGUCUUCAUGGCAGAUCUAUUUUCUCCUGCAGAGAGCCCUCCGCAACUCUUGUUUUCGCAAAAGCUUCCAAACCCAGGAAGCAGAUCCUUUGAAUAAUACAGAGCAUUAUUAUGGAAGGAACAGCCUCAUUUCCCCCCCCCCAAAGAUGGGGGGAGCUGUGGUUUGCUUAGGGGGUGGGGGAAAAAAAUCAGGGUACUCAAAUACCCUCCCCCAAUUGGAUCAAAAAGUCAGCAAGCAUUGCAAUUCCAUAAACCCCCAGGAUCCGACCUAAGGAGUUUCGUUCCGGCAUUCACGUCCAACAUCGUUCCCACCAACUUCACACCAUGGUUAAAAAAGUUUAGCUCCGAAACGAGGUUAUUGAAGCCAGCCCUCUCCUCCUCCUCCUCUUCCUCCCCUGCCCCGAAGGUCUUCCCGCCCACCCCCCCUUUCCCCCACCUCCCCCAGGAAGGGCAGAAGGUUUCCACGACAAGCCGAUGGUUCUUCUCACAACUUUUCACCCGUUCUGUAUGUCAGAAAAGCACGGAAAGUGAAUAAAAUUUACUGGAGUUCA